GAGUCUGUUUCCUGCCCUAGUGCCUUUGCCCGUAGUUCUGCUUUGACGAAGUCAACAGACUAGGAUUUAACUAUAGAGACUAGAAUAAUAAUAUACACCCACAAGUAAUGUGUGAAGAGAAGGAGGCGUUGCAGAAGAUAACCAUAAUGAUUUGAAUUUCCCGUCUCUUUGGCCGUUUUCAAAGAAAAAUGAGGUAGCCUUGAUUUAUUGCCAACGACCAAUAUAUGUAUAGAAAAAGUAUGGUAACACAGAUGGAAGAAGAAUGCCUAGAUGCAAUGUAAAGCGCACAGUGCUUUUUCUUCUUGUUAUUGGAUUCACCUGCUUUGUUAUACAUUCUUGUCGAUCAAGUGAUUGGUUAACACAUGAUCCAUGGAAAUUAAAAGAGAAGGAAGUAAAACUAGUUAUCCCACUUAGACAAAUCCCAAAUAAUCAAUCAUUCCAUUUGAAACCUGCCAUUAAGUUUUCCCAUCCAAAUAUUUUAACUUUAAAUCAGGGUAAUCCCAGCCUUAUUCACCAAUUGCACUUCCAGAAUUCUACUUUCAUUUGUAAAAAUGGAGGUAUACUGACAGUGAAAUCUGGGGGCCGACUGGGAAAUCUUAUGGGGGAAUAUGCCACUCUAUGGGCUCUUGCAAAAAGAGAUGGAUUUUUCCCUGUCCUGCAACAGCGGACUUAUAUCACACUGACAAAAUACUUUCUUGACACUUCAAUUCCCGUCAUUACCAACUUAAAUUGUUCAUUAAAAUGGAACUCAAUGAACCUUCAUGUAUACAACAAUCUGCACAAAGAGGAACGCAUCAAAAUCGCGGAAGAAGGGAUUUUCAUUGAUGGUUAUCCAACAUCCGUCUCCCUUUUUCAUCGCCACCGAAAGGAUAUUGUAAAAGAGUUCCGAUUCAAAAAACACUACGUCGAAAGGGCACAAGCGGAAUUACAUCGACUUCGAGAAAAUCGCCAAGAUGUUGUAUUUGUUGGUGUUCAUGUUCGCCGAACAGAUUACAGUCAGUUCCUACAGGGUCGUUUCCAAGCACAGCUGGUCGGAGAGACUUAUUUCACACGGGCCAUGAAUUAUUUUCGGAAGAAAUUUCCUUCAAGCUUGUUUGUUGUGGCCAGUGAUGACAUGGACUGGUGCCGAAGCCACUUGAAGCCACAAAACAACGACAUUGUUUACGCUGGGAAUCGGAACAUUGAAAGUCCAGCGGAAGAUAUGGCAUUGCUGGUAGCUUGCAACCAUUCUAUUAUAUCGUAUGGAAACUUCGGAUUCUGGAGUGCGUAUCUAAGUGGUGGAGAAGUCAUAUUAGCGGGCAAUAUAUCGAGAAUGCCGACUGAACUUCAACAUUCUAUCCGUUCCGCAAAUAUCUCUCACUGGCAAUUCUUUCCUGGAUUCUAGCUCUACAAGAACCAUAACAAAUAAAUAUGAUAAUUGGCCUGUGCUCGUUUUUUAUGAUUGUUCUUUUUCAUUAACUAUAUGUGUCUAGAUUACUGUUCAAUACUCGAAUUGCCUUUUAAUUUGGACAAAGCUGUAUCAAAUGCACAGUUGAAUUUCGAAA